AAGGCUUUUCCGUUGAAUUAUUCUCAGACUUAAACAGUUUGUCUUCUAACAGCUCCAUGGAAUUGGACAUAGGAGACACUCGUGCAUAUCAGACACUUGAUCCUUGGUUUCAGUCUGAUGCAUCCACUGGGUACCUUCAAGAUGCCAUUAUAGGGAGGGACACUUGGUGUGAGGAACAAAGUUUACCAUCAUGCUCUAAAGAUCAACAGGUAGAUCAAAUUCCAAUACUUUCCACAGCAGCACAACCCCUUCAUGAUUGGGGUAUUACACACCAAAAGGAGUUCAUCCCCACAAACCAAUCAUCAUCACCACAAAGUGGCACACAUGAAGCACUCCAACAUGCAGAUUGUGGUUUUACACCCGAAAAGAACUUCAUCACUACAAACCAAAACCAAUCAUCAUCACCACAAGGUGACACACAUGAAGCACUCAAACAUAAACAUGUAUAUCGUGGGUCUACACACCAAAAGAAGUUCAUCUCUACAAACCAAUCAUCAACACCACAAAGUGACAUACAUAAAGUAGUCAGACAUUAUCCUGCAUCUGGCAAACGGUCGAAAAUUGCUUAUCCGUUUGAAAUUGUGAAGUCUGGAGGAUUUGAAGGGGAAACAACUCUGAAGGAUAUCAACAACAUGAUAUCUCUCACAACCCGAUCAGCAGCAAAGCCUCCACGUCCUCCUCGUGGGAAAGAUUCUGUGACUCUUCCACGCAAAUUAGCCCCUGUUAAGUCAAAAAAACCAGCGACAUCUCUUGCUAGGAUUCCCACCGGGGGUAGAGGUUCUAUUACCAUUAUUAAGACCACAGAUUAAAGACAAGUACCUUCAUUAUUCAUGUGUUACAUAUGUCAAUGUCAGUGCUUUUUGCACAAACUAAUACUCCUCCUAGUGAUGUUUUCAUAGUUUAUACCAAAUAUGUUACAAUGUCGUGACAA